CGAUUUAGCCUAUGGUAGGACUGUGAAACGCUACCUAAGGCGGGUAUUAGUGAUUAGGGAGGUCUUAGCGCGGAUGAACACUCUCGGCAAAGAUACUCAACCAGUGCUCUCAGCUGAAGGAAGCACGCUGUUCAAGGAUUGCUCGUAUACGGAGUAUAAUGGUUCACAUAUAUCGUAAUUCAGCCGGACUAGCUUCAGCUAUCGCCGUCAACCUGCAGAGCUCUCGGGACAUUGGCCGGAUCUUCGUUAGUCUCGCAACGGAGCGGAUCACCGACAUGCCUAAACUGAAAUCAUCCUCCCGGUGAUUCUCCACACUUGGCAUCCAUGGUUGAUACAGGGGCGUAGGUGGAGUAUGUCCAGCCUUGUCGGGGAAGCUCUAUAAAUACCGGUCACCUUGACCAGGACUCGACAUUGUAUCUCAUCGCAGAUCAACACAACCGCAGCAAUCCACUCCACUCCCACAACAUGGUGUCCUUCUCAUCCAUCCUGCUGGCCUGCAGCGCCGCACUCGGAGCACUAGCAACUCCCAUCGACUCACUGCCCGAGGAGUCCUUCAACGAAACCGCUGCCCACGAGCUUGUCACCCGCUCCACGCCCAGUAGCACCGGCUACCACAAUGGCUACUACUACUCCUUCUGGACCGACGGCGGCGGCGACGUGAACUACGUCAACGGCAACGGCGGCUCCUACAGCGUGCAAUGGUCCAACGUUGGCAACUUCGUCGGCGGCAAGGGCUGGAACCCCGGAAGCUCCAGGGCCAUCAACUACGGCGGCAGCUUCAACCCCAGCGGAAACGGCUACCUCGCCGUCUACGGCUGGACCACCGACCCCCUGAUCGAAUACUACAUCGUCGAGUCCUACGGCACCUACAACCCCGGCAGCGGUGGCACCUACAGGGGCCAGGUCACCUCCGACGGCGCCACGUAUGACAUCUACACUUCUGUCCGCACAAACGCUCCGUCCAUUAUCGGUACCGCGACCUUUACCCAGUUCUGGUCCGUCAGGAGGUCGAAGCGCUCUGGUGGCACCGUGACCACGGGCAACCAUUUCAAUGCCUGGGCUCAGUAUGGGCUGAAGUUGGGCACGCAUAACUACCAGAUUGUUGCCACGGAGGGGUACCAGAGCAGCGGGUCUUCUUCUAUCACUGUUUAUUAAGGGUUCGGUAGUGGAUAUAUGAGUUGUGUGGUUGGACUGUUGAAUUCCGUGCUGCAGUUGGCUGAGA